GGCACAAGAGUUAUACGUAUCGUGUACCGCCAGUUUAUGCCGCGUCGUUCGUGUUACGACAGCCAAAUAAUCGCUGCGAAAAACGUUACUAACAUUAGUGGUAAUAGUGAGUGUGGUAAAUUUUAGACGUUGUGGUAAUUAGGUAUAUUAGUGGUAGUGACUUAAAUGCGUUUUUGAAAGACGGAUAUUGUUUUCUUUAGUGAAUAUUGUGUGUUUGGGCGCUGGAUUUUUAAUGUGAUUGAUUGUCGACCUGAAAGGAUUAAGUUUCAGCUUCGUGACGUCGAGUGAAGAUAAGAACCGUCAUCACCCGUGAAUGAAUAUAAAUCACACAUCACCUCCAAUUAAUCAUAACUGAAGUGCUCCAAAAAUAAAAAUGGCGCUUAAAAACAUUUUAAAAAUAGAACGGAUAACGCGCGCACGCACCGGGGGAAGCUGAACUUCCGUUUAAAAUGUAAUUUAAAAAUAGAAUUCCGGAUAUAAUCAUUACUUCCCUUAUGUUGAACGGAAUUAUUUUGUAGUCGGAAAUAUUCGAAAAUGUCGAGUUCAAGUAGAUUGAGGGUUACCAGUAGGUGCGUGAACCCACUGUUUCUUUUGUUGCGGACUAUACAAGUGUGGAUUAGUUUUGUUUUAGUGUUAUUUCAUGUGUUUGGUGUUUGUGGUGGUUAUGUCGAGCAGAAAUUUGCAAUGGAGCCUCAAGAUCAGACAGCCGUGGUGGGCUCAAGAGUCACGUUGCCUUGUCGGGUGGAGAAGAAGGCAGGUCAACUGCAGUGGACGAAGGAUGACUUUGGACUUGGUCUACAUCGAGAUCUCAGUGGUUACGACCGAUAUAAAAUGAUAGGGAGUGAUGAAGAAGGCGAUUAUUCAUUGGACAUAAGGGAUGUUACGUUAGAAGACGACGCCAAAUACCAGUGCCAAGUCAGCUCAGGAGCUAGAGGUGAACCAGCAAUUAGGUCACGAUAUGCCCGCCUCACCGUGCUAGUCCCUCCGGAGCCACCGAAAAUCGUGCAAGGGACUUACUUCUCUACGUCCGAAGACAGAGAUAUCAAAUUGGAGUGCGUGUCCACAGGUGGAAAGCCACCAGCCGAGAUCACGUGGGUGGACAGCAAUGGAGGCGUUUUGACACAGGGCGUUACAUAUACCGUGGAAUCAUUAUCGGACGGACAAAGAUUUACAGCCAGAUCAAUACUCAAGAUGAAACCUAAACGAGAGCACAACAAUCAAACAUACACGUGUCAGGCCCAAAAUACAGCAGACAGGGCUUACAGAGCUGCCAGUAUAGUUAUUGAGGUAAAAUAUCCGCCCAGAGUGAAGAUGUCUUUAAAAUCAGCAGUUAAUGGAAGAUUUCCUGAGGGGAAAGACGUUAUUAUUGCAUGUAAAGGCGACGCAAACCCUACUAAUUUGACGUACAAAUGGUAUAUGAAUGACAAACUCGUUGCGGCGAACGGCACAGAAUUGAAAAUUCACAAUAUAACAAGAAACUAUCACGACCACGUUGUAAAAUGUGAAGUACAUAAUGAAGUUGGGAAAACCGAAGAGUCACAUGUUUUGGAGGUCACUUAUGCACCAAAGUUUAAAAGUCAUCCAAAAGAUGUAGAAGCGGAAGUGGGCACUCCUAUAACGCUCAGCUGCGACGUUGAUGGUUAUCCGGCGCCAGAGAUUAAUUGGCUACAUCAUGAAGAGGACCAGAACAUCCGUGUUGGCAAAACUGUGAAUCUAUCUUUAACUGUUGAUACGCAUACGGCCGGACGGUACAUCUGUCAAGCGUCUAUCGAAGGAUAUCCUGAAAUACAGGCUGAUGCUUCAGUAUAUAUUAAAGGUCCACCGAAAAUCGUGUCCAACCAAACUCAAUUUGGAUCACAGGGGGAUAUCGUGAAUAUAGAAUGCGCAGCAUUUUCUAUACCCAGAAUUGACAAUAUCAUUUGGACAUUUGAGGGCAGAGAAAUUGAUACCAUACAUGAUCAGGAUUACGCCUUUUUGGAAGAUUUGCAACCGGGAGGAGUUGUUAAUUCCACACUGAUCAUACGAGAAAGCCAAUCGAGACACUUCGGUGUAUACAAAUGUAACGUUUCGAAUGAUUAUGGCAGUGACACUUUGGAGAUCAUAUUGAAACCUAACAAAACCUUCCCCUUACUGCCGGUUUUAUUUGGGGCAACAUCUGGAACGAUCAUGGUGGCGGCGGUGAUAAUGCUGAUAAUCCUAUGCCAGAGGAAGCAGAGGAAAAACAAACAGACUCAAGUGACAGAGAAACCAGAUGUCACAGUUACUGCCGAAGAAUUAUUUAAAGACAACGAUAGGAAUUCUAAUAUUAGUGAUUUAAAACUUGAAUUACGACAAGCGAAUGGUACCUGUGAAGUUGAUUACUCCAACACGGGAUCAGACAGCACAUUAUGUUCUAACGCCAAAUUAGGCAGUGGGGUGCCUUUAGCCGGGGCCGUGCCACUGUCCUCUAUAAAUCAAAGUAGCACAUACCAACCGUACAGAUAUAGCAACGAUUAUACUGACCCCGCCUACGCGGACUGCUACAAGGUAAAUGGUUUCGGCAACGGAUAUCAAACUUAUGUCCACUACGGGCAUGACUAUACGCCUGGAUCACUAAGAGUUACGUCACCAACUGUGGGUAGUGAUAAAUUGACGCCCAAUAGGUCAGUCAAUGGAAGUUUACCAAGGGCUAUAGAUACACCGUUAACGGUACAAUACAACCCUGGUAACGGUUCUCAGAAUAAUUCUCUGCAACGCUCGACUAAGCGGCAAGACAGUAGUAACGCACUGAAUAAUUUGGGAGUACCCUCUGGGGAAGUGAAUAGAAUACCAAAUGGAGGUAUAAUACAAGGCGUAGAUGUAAGAUAUGCCGCCACCUAUGGCAAUCCUCAUUUGAGAACUGGUGGUGGACUUGGUUUUGCUACUACAGUUAAUACCGCAAAACCAGCAUCAACUCCCGCACCACCGCCAUAUUCCUCCGUUAGAAGUUCUGUGGUACUGCCAUCAGGUACAUCAUCGCAUUCAAUAACAUCUCCAACAAGUCUCGCGUCACCGCAGUGUACGACGAGUCCUAUCACUACUUCUACUAUGUCAACAGAUAGUACACAACCGGCGACGGUUGGCGUAGCUACAUCCUCCGCUACUCCGCAAUCUCCCAGUGCCCAUUAUAUAUUAGCUCCAUCAAAUCGGACGAUAGGUAAUGCUACAGUUACUAAGAAAGGUAAUGGUCACCAGCCACCAUUAGCAACGCAUGUAUAACCAAUGUUUGAAAGUGACGUUUUUUAAAACCUUUUGACAAUUUUUAUCUACGUACUGCAAUCAAUGACACUACUUACGUAUUUUAUCUCGUGUAAUAUAGUGCGUUUUUGCAAACUGGCCUAAGGCUGUUGUGGUAAAACUUUAUCUGUAUUGACAAUCGUGUUGUGACAUUUAUAUACCUGUGUUUCUUAUAUAUUUAUGUGCUUUUAUUCAGAAAUUAUUGCAACAAUAAAGAUGUCAAAUUAAACAAGAAUGUAAAAUAUACGGUAUGUUUCUAUGAUGUUAUUACACUAUCAUAGUAUAAAUAUAUUAGAAUUAAUUUAAUUUAAAUUUCUUUAAUGUUUGUUUACAUUUGUAAACAGCGUAGAAAUAUCGGGAGCUCAUAAAUAAUAUUAUAAUCAGGUAAAUAUCCUGUUUAUAUAAUGAAUACAAUUUAUUUAUUUUCAAGAAUAACGUACUUUUAUACAUAUCAUGUUUGAGUGUAUUAUCAUUUUCGUCUGUCAUAUUCGGGAUAUGUAAAUAUUUUCAGGCAAUAAAAAAUGUUUACGAAUAAUCAAUAGAAGGUAUCUGAAACAUUAUAUAAAUUUUGUAUAGC